AUGCCGACCAAGGACAAGUCGUUCUACAACAAGAUUGCUGCCUACCCAAUCAGAUUCCCCGGCCGCCGAAAAGCCGUUUCCGAGCCGCCCAAGAUGGACGCCGGUGCGCCUGCAAGUGUCAUCGCGAUCGCGACUCAUGCUCGUUAUGUAGCACGACGCCCAAAGGUCCGCCUCUGCUACGUCUGCGGCCGCGAGUAUGGACUCUCCUCGUUUGAGAUUCAUCUCAAGCAGUGCAAGCUGCUCUGGAUCGCGCAGGAGGAGAAGAAGCCGCUGCGCGAGCGACGACCUGUGCCCGAGCCGCCCCAAGAGCUGCCCAUUGAAGCCAACGUGCUCUACCAGCUCUCGCCCGACGAGCUCGAAGCGCAGAAUCGCGCGGCCGCCAGAGCUUUUGAGGAAAAGGUCAUGGAAAAGUGUGCGUACUGCGGCCGAACGUUUAACCCAGAGAGGGUCGUGAGCUGA